AUGGGGCUGGGGGCCUGGCUGCGCUCGCUGGGCGGCUGCUGCGGCUGCUGCCGCGGGGAGGCGGCGGCGCCCGAGAAGGAGCCCUUGCUCAGUAACAACAACCCCUACGCCUCCUUCGGAGCCACGCUGGCGCGGGACGAGGAGCAGAACCUGUGGAGCACCCCGCACGACGUGACCCACACAGAAGCGGAUGAUGACCGAGUGCUGUACAACAUGAUCGUGGUCAGGAACCAGCUGGACAAGGACUCGGAGGAAUGGCAAAAGCUCAACUAUGAUAUUUACACCUUACGGCAGACCCGAAAAGAAGUGAGAAGCAGGUGGAAACACAUUUUGGAGGAUUUAGGUUUCCAGAAGGAAGCGGACUCCCUCUUGUCGGUGACCAAACUCAGCAUCAUCAGCGACUCUCAGAACAUGGGCAAAGCCCGGGACAUCCUGUUAAAGCUCUCUGAAGAAACAAACAUCUUCCCGACCAGCUGGGAGCUUUCUGAGCGCUACCUCUUCGUGGUGGAUCGACUCAUAGCUCUGGAUGCUGCGGAUGAGUUCUUCAAGAUGGCCAGCGUGGUGUAUCCAAAGAGACCCGGCGGGGAAAGAGUGGACAAUAGCCAGAAGACCCCGCAGUGCAUCUCUGUCGCCAUGCCCUGA